AUGGCAACCAACAACAACAACUCCUACCCCAUCUCCUCGAACUCCCGCACGAAACUAAACGCAUUCCGCUACAAAGAAGAGACAGUGGCCCUCGAUAAUACGACCUCAAAGAAUGAGACGAAAGCUGUGCAUGACAACAAGGAGAACCAAAGUUCAUGGUUGAACGGAGUGGUGGAAUCAAUGCAAACAUCUGCCGAUAAUGCCGACCCUCCGCCUCAAGCUGUGCCAUUGAAUGAGGAUACCAAACCAGUUAAAGAAUGCCCUCACACACCAGGAAACCGUAUACCUCUCGCGGACUUGAUCAGCAAUGCCGAAGAUGCCUUUGACCCCGCGCCCGGUCCGGAGGUAACCCCCAUUGAUCAUGUCAUUUGGCAACAUGUCCCAGCGAGCUCAAAUCCAGAUGCUUCGUCUCAGACACCGGCAGGUCGUCGAAGGAAGCGGCGUCACAGCUCUUCAUCUGCCGGUUCUCCCACCAAUGGGACCUCCAAGAAGGCCCAGAAGGAGCCACUCGAUCUUCAGUCAAUUCAGGCUCUAUUCAAAACACCCCAGCAUGAUCUGGCGGCCGAGCUGUGGAACAAUUACAUGGAUAAGAAUAUGGUUGAUGGGACUGAUGACCUUCCCCCACCUCGUCUCGCAAAUUUACUCUCCUCGUCACCACAAACCCCGGCCUCAGGCAGGACCAGCCGAGAUUCAUCUGGUCUGAGGAGAUCGAUUAGCUGUGCUGCCGAAUGGCCCACAUCUCGCGCAAAGCGAAGACGGGUCAACCGUCAGGACCCAGGCUCUGGCCGAGGUAUCUUCUCUCGCACAAGUAGCAAUGUCUUGGACUCGGGGAGGAACAAAUCAUCCAGACUCAAUUUUCUCCUCGACAGGAUCGAGAAGAGCCUCCAUCCAGUCCCACAAGUCAAAAUGGGCCCGCCAAACUCUUCUCCAUUGCGGCAGCGUAUGGACGCGCAAAGAUGUCGUUCAUCAUCUCCCACGAUGGACCGAAAGGGCCUAGUGGAUGCGGAUGCUGCUAGAGAAGCUCUUAUCGGCAAAUCUGCGGACAAUCCGGAAGCUGCCGGAGGUGCAAUUCUUGAAGAUUCUGAAUCUGAAUUUGGAGACGAUGAUCUUGAUCAAGAUUUCAUGGACCUAGCCGAAGCUGCCGCGGACCCCUUCGUUGAUUUCGCGGUUGAUCGCACCGACUUUGACUCUCUGGGCUCUUCUGCUUUGUCCAAUCUAGCUGCAGAGAAGCUGGAAUCCAGUCAUUCAGCAUUGGAAUCUGUAUUUGACAAGAAACCACCAGCCGCGCAAAAUUCCAUGAAUAAUGAAACUAAACCUGACGACUUUGACGAAUUUGAAGACGAAUAUGGGGACUUUGACGACGAUUUCGCGGAUGCCCUUGUGGAGUGCGAUGUGAAGCCGACUGAUGCAUCAAAUCCACCCAUCGCGAAGUCCCAGCCUGCGCCGAAAGUGGAUGCAGUCUCAGUCAACUCGGCCCCUCAAGUUCCAGCCCAUGUGCCACAGAUGUCAGCUCAUGCCGCUGCUGUGCUCUCUGAUGAUGAGUUUGAUGAUGAUUUUGACCUGGAUGCUAUCGAACAGACUAUGAAGCAAACUGGUGAAGACGCAGCCUACAAUCUCAAAUCCCGGAAAGCUAUCAAGCGUUACCAAAUCGUGGAUACUGCAGAGAGCUCUUUUGUCAAUUCACGAGGACGUACACAGCCUGAGCAGGUGCUGUCUGUCAAGGACGAGAAGACCGACGCCCGCAAGGUCAUCAUCUUGCGCGAGUCAUGGUUUGACACGCCUUGCAGUAAAGAUUCAUUCAUUCAUCUGGUCGGGGACUUCAACUCAUUCGGUCAAUGCGUUGUGGACAACACCAACCACAUGGUCAUUCUGCAUCCUGAUCACUUGAUAUCUGCUACUGUUGUCGCGGACUCGGUGGACUGUCAACGCCGCGCUGUCCUUCAGGACCGUGUCAAGGUUAUCAGCCAGAUUGAAAAACCUCAAGCUUUUGGAAUCAUCUUCCACGAGGUAUUUCAAGAAGCACUGAUGGCCAACCGGUGGGAUCUAGACUCAUUGCGACUGCUGGUUGAAAAGGUUCUUGGGAAUCAUGUUGAAGAGCUGUAUUCAAUCAACAUGACUAUGUCUGAGGCUAUCGAGACAAUAAUGGGGAAAAUUCCUCAGGUGCAGGCUUGGGCAGACGUCUUCCUUCAAACCAAACCAAAGGCAAACUCACUCGUUGAAGAUCGCAAUGGUGCAAAGCUCAAUUUGAGUAUCGGCAAAUUGCUUGAGGUUGAAGAGCAUGUCUGGUCUCCAAUGUAUGGUCUGAAAGGAAACAUCGAUGCCACAGUCCAAGUUACCUGCCAAGAUAAAGAUGGGCUGAAAAAUCUUGUCGUGCCACUUGAGCUGAAAACAGGUAAAAGGGACACAAAUCAGGCACAUAGGGCCCAAACAGCCCUUUACACGCUUUUGCUCUCGGAUCGUUAUGAUGUCGAUGUGACUUUCGGUCUGCUGUAUUACCUUGAGCUUUCAAAGACCCUAAGUAUCCGUGGCAUUCGGCACGAGCUUGUUCAAAUGAUUCAAGUGCGAAACCGCUUAGUAGGGUACAUCCGCGAGAGGAUGCAGCUACCACCAAUGCUCAAGAAGGCACAGCAAUGCAACAAGUGCUAUGCGAAGACACCGUGCCUGAUCUACCACAAGCUCUCGGAAGAUGGCAAUGGGGAGACAAGCGCUCUUGGUGAAGACUUCGAAGUUUUUACUAAGCACCUAAACCAAGGCGAUCGCGAAUUCUUUCGCAAAUGGGACGAACUCUUGACUAAGGAGGAAGGAAAUUUGAUCAAGUUCAAGCGUGAGCUAUGGACGUUGUUAAGUAAUGAGCGUGAGUCCUAUGGUCGAUGCUUUGGAGAUGUCGUGAUCGACCCGCGAACGGCACACGAAGACCAAAAUGGGACAAGAAUCAAUCGCUUCAGAUACACAUUCCACAAACGGAAAGCAUCCCCGGGCUUCUCUUUUGCUGAGUCACAGAUUUCGGUUGGUGAACCUAUCGUCGUUUCUGACGAAAGGGGCCAUUUCGCACUCGCCAACGGCUACGUGACUCAGUUGAGCACAUCUCACAUCACCGUUGCUGUCGAUCGCAGGCUACACAAUGCGAGAGCCAAGACAAUUGGCUUUGACGCGAUCUCGAACCAGUCCUUCAGAGGAAUAAUGGAAAUUGGAACUGACGGGCUCUCUGAGUUGGAAAACCCUGACGAGCAAAUGGUAUAUCGAAUUGACAAGGAUGAGUUUAGCAACGGCAUGGCCAUUGUUCGAAACAACCUCAUUUGCAUGAUGGACAAAGAUCUCUUCCAGUCGAGGCACCUUCGGCGACUUAUCAUUGAAGGUCAACCGCCUGUCUUCAAACCGACAUCUUCUGCAUACAAACUUCCCGAUUCAGAGAGCCUCAAUGUCGACCAAAAGCAAGCCAUCGACAAAGUCAUGAGUGCGAAGGACUACGCCCUCGUGCUGGGGAUGCCUGGCACAGGUAAAACGACUACCAUCGCACACAUCAUUCGAGCUUUAGUCGCGCAGGGAAAGAGCGUCCUUCUGACGUCGUACACGCAUACUGCCGUGGAUAAUAUCCUGUUGAAGAUUCGCGAUGAUAAUAUCCGUAUGCUACGCAUUGGUGCAACCACGAAAAUUCAUCCGGAAGUGCAACAGUUUGCAGAUCUGGCGGCAAUCCCAAAGAAAACCAUUGAAGAGCUCAAGGACUCGUACGAGAAACCGCAGGUUGUGGCAACAACAUGCCUCGGUGUCAACCACAACAUUUUUAAUCAGCGAAUCUUCGACUACUGCAUUGUCGAUGAGGCCUCACAGAUUACGCUUCCCAACAAGGCUGCUCAGGAAGGAGGUCUUGAUGUUAGCUUGUUCAAACUGCUUUCAGAUGCACAGCCGGACUCUGUUGUUAACCUAGAGCAUCAAUAUCGCAUGUGCGAGGAUAUCAUGCUGCUUUCGAACACACUCAUCUACUCUGGCCGGUUGAAAUGUGGUACGCCACAGGUCGCAGCUCGCUCGCUGGAGAUUCCAAAUAUACAGGCCUUGAAGCAAUUCCAUACCGACGACGUCCAUUUCUCCGAACCUAAGCAGGAAAUUUGUCUCGGGCCCGGCCAUGGACGCUGUUGGCUCAACGACCUUCUGGUGCCAUGUGCUAAAAGUCUCCUUAUCAACACCGACACCCUGGGAGCAUCAAGCCUCGAAACAGCGCAGGGACAAGGACAACGAGUUGUGAAUCAUAUGGAGGCUAUUUUGUGUACUCAACUCGUGGAGGCACUGAUCGCUUGCGGGAUCCCUGCCCGAGAAAUUGGUGUCAUCACUUUCUAUCGCAGCCAACUCUCCCUUCUGCGCCAGAGUCUUCGUCACUAUUCACCGGACCUGGAAAUGCACACCACCGAUAAGUUCCAGGGCCGUGAUAAGGAGAUUGUCAUCCUCAGCUGCGUUCGUAGCAAUGCCGAAAACAACGUCGGAGACCUCUUACGUGACUGGCGACGAGUCAAUGUUGCCUUCACUCGCGCCCGUACCAAGCUUCUUGUACUCGGCAGCAAAUCGACGCUUCGUGACGGUAAUGAGCUCCUGGGCAAGUAUGUCCGUCUAGUUGAGGGGAAGGGCUGGGCCUACGACCUACCUCCCGGUGCAGCUGGCAGCCAUGGUUUCCCAUCCGCUGCUCUUGAUUCUACACAGAUGUCUUUUCAGUCUCCGAAUGCGGCUCGGAGCCCUGGAAGCAUGAAAAGCAAGAUGAGUCCCGUUGUCAAGAAGAAGCCCGCAUCGCGAGAACCUCUCAGUCCUUUGGGUUCUCGACAACCUUCAUCCGGCCUGAAGAGACCUGCAAAGCGGGGCGUGAAGCUUUUCAAUGGCACCUCUGUGGUGGGCAACAGACCCAUUCUUCAAGACAUUGUGAAUGAUAUCGCUGGUUGA